CUGCGAGUGACGGAGCCGAACUUCGACACCGAAGAUAGAAGUUUUACCGAAUUUGUACUGGCACAUUUAAAGGACAAGAUCAAGGACAUGAGGAUCAAGGCGUGGCUUACUCUUGGCAAGUCGGACGAAGAAGUGAUGAAAGUUCUGGGGAUCAAGCAGGGCUUGACCAGAGCUCAGCUCAAGGCCCACCCUAAGUUCAGGAUAUUCCAAAGGUUUCAGGUCAAGAAGUGGCUCAAGGAGGGGGCUUCCACGUCCAAGGUCUGGGACGAUCUCGGCCUCAAGAAUCUCCGAGGGAGAAUCAGUGAGGCUGACGGGUACGAAACCUAUGUACACCUCGUGUGGGCGCUGGGUGACAAGGUGACCAAGUUC